ACAACGAGGGAGAGAGAGAAAAAAAGAGAGAGAGAGAGAGAGGACGAUUUUUCCUCUUCUUUCUCCUCGUUUCCAUCCUCGUCGAUGUUUGAAAAUGUUCGCCUAGUGUCAAGAGUAUGUUGUCAGAUCUGUUUUCUUCCUCUGCACUAGACCUACGUAGAUGUCAUAGAUAGAGCUACUAGACCUACGUAGAUGUCAUAGAUAGAGCUACUAGACCUACGUAGAUGUCAUAGAUAGAGCUACUAGACCUACGUAGAUGUCAUAUAUAGAGCUAUGUGAUCAAAUUCUAUUAGGAAUUAUUUUAUUGUUGCGGAGUAAUUGGAUUUACUUCAAAGGGAUUUUUAUGUGCCUACUAUUCAUUCGCUGAGAAGUUUACACUGCAGUGUCUGUUUUUUUAAUUCAACUCUGGCUACCGAGAGAACUUCAGAGCAGUUUUUAAUUUUACUAAAGAUAAUUUCAUAACAGGCAUUUUUGUUAGGGACGAUAUAUUCAGAAGAAUUAGUGAAAGUUUUGGAUACAUAUAAAUAAUUCUUUCGAGUCUGGAAAACAAAAAUGUGAUAUGAAAUAUUCUCGUGAGUUAGAACAAUUUUGUAAAAGUGAAACUAGACUGCUCAUGGUUUCCAUUCAUCUGAGUAUGGUGAGGUCACCACCGUGGCGCCAUCACGUCAGUUCACCAAUGUAGGGGACACAGAAGAUGAAACAAUGGCAGAUCAAGUUGUCCAGAAAGAAACUGACCACACUCUUCCUCCGCUACUCAGUCCUGGUCAGUGUGGUAUUGGGUCUCUCGGAGUUUGUGGAUGGUCAGACUCAACACUUGUUGAUGAGGAAGCCCGUCUGUAACAGCGUCUACCGGCGCCUGCCCGCCGCUGUGCUGGAAGGGGCACCUGGCCACCUGGUGCCUGAGGACAUGUGUGAGGUGACGCUGUCCGCCCCAGGGCGCUACGUCUGGAUGGUGAAGGUGGAGAAUGUGGAGAUCUUUGACUGUGACGUUGUGCUGCAGCUUUUCGAUGGUCAGAUUGACCCACCGGUGGGCAAGCCUCUGCUGUCCCAAAGCUGUGUCAGCUCUGACCCAGGUAUAGUCCACGUUGACUCGUCCACCAUCACCAUCAGACUUCUGCACAGCAACUCUUCAAACUACAGCUUCUCUCUGAUAGCCACCGCAAGGAAAGAUGUGACCAAGGCUGACAGCACUUGUGGAGGCUACAGGUGCAAGAACAACCACUGCAUUUCUAAAUCUCUGAUGUGUGACGCCGUGGACAACUGCUUUGACUUCAGUGAUGAGACUACUAAUGGCACAUCUUUCUGUGAAGCCAGCACGUGGCCCUUCCAGGCUGAGAACUGGGGUGUACUUAUCAGCGUCCUUGGUGCUGGCUUGGUUCUGGGCAUCACUGCAGCUUGCUGUCGUCACAUCCGCCAGAAACGACAGAGUUCUGUGGACGAUUUGUACGAGCUUAAUGAGGGCCCUUAUGUACACAAAUACGCUUAUCAAUACGCACUCAUCAGGCCCCCCAAGAAACCAAACAUUACCAAUGUUGUAUUGGGUCGUGACGGUCACAUGCAUUAUAACGCCACCAACGUAUGAAUCCAAGAUUGACUGUCAAACUGUUUCUCAAGUGCCUGAUAUGAUGGAUGAGAAGUGACGUCAGAUGAACUAUGACAUGUCUUACUGACGUGAACUUGUCAUCGUAGGUCGUGCCAACACUGCCACGUGUCAACAAUGACACUAACGAAGAGCCGAACUGAAACUAAUUAAAGCCUUUUUCCUUGCCAUGAGUAACAGAACCUGGAUACUGGGUUACUUCCCCCUGCCCUAGUGAAAUAUUGACACUGUUAGAUUAGAUAACAAGACAUUAUGAAGCCGGACACUAACGCAGAGAGUUUAUCUAGGCGGGGACAUCAUUCGCGUGUCAGUAUGGCUGGUUUGUUAUCUUGCCACUAUUUACAUCUUGAAUGGCGUAGUAAACUGGGGGAGGGGGCUGGAAAAUCUCAAGUGAACAAUUCUAAACAUUCAAAAAUGGAUUUGUUCCAAACAAAAUCAAACAAAAGUUGUCGCCUCUAAAGAAGGUGACAAACAGAUACAUGUAAAUAUAUCAGACUUUCAAGCCAGAGCAGAUGUUAUAGUUGAUUGAGCUAGAAACUCCAUCAGUAUAACUCUGGUUAUGAGGCGAAAGUCUGCCUUUAAAAAUGGAUUAGACUAGUGAUGUCCAUACUUCGGCCCGCGGGUCACUUCCGGACCUUUACGUUCUGCUAUAUGGCCCCUGACCGAAAACGGCUAGACAACACUAUUUAGACAUUAAACGUGAACCAUCUUUUGAGUAGACCACAAGCUAGACCUAAAAACCAAGUGAUCAGAAGGGCAGAUACAUACUAAAACAUAUAUUCCGAUAUAAUGUAUAUGUUGUAACUAGUUGUAAGCAUUUAUUUUCACCAUGUACAAAUGUACGUCUUGUUUGGAUGUGUUGCUAGACGUGUUGACAUCUUUGAAUAUGUACACAUACACACAUACACAUACACACAUACAAAGUGGGCUUUUGAGGGGGCAGUAGGGGACAGAACAUACAAGGCUUGCCACUUAACGGCGGGCCCCCAAGUGUAGCUGAAAACACUUAUAGCAUAUAUGUGUAGGCUAAUAGAAUAAGCUAUGUUAUGCCUCAUUUCUAGAGCGCUGCGAAAUUUUUAUCAAUCAAUCUCUGAACCGCUUAGCGCCGGACUGAUAGAUGUCUGUUUGUCUUGACCAAAUAUUUUCAUUUCAUGGAUGUAAUCUCUCAAAAUUUGUCUAGUAAAAUACCAACAACCUGCUUCAUGAGAAGAAUGAGAACUCUGAAGGACAUACGAUGUCAUUCUGGAUCAUUUAUAUUCUGGUAAUUUUAUUUUAGGAUUAUAUAAAACAAAAUUGAGACAGCAUCAAAGUUUAACCUAAAAAUUCAUCCCUUGAAAACAGAAGAAAAUGUCACAUAUCUAUUUUAUCUUCUAAUGUCACAUAUCUAUUUUAUCUUCUAAU